AAGUACUUCAAUUUAGUAUCCUACAUGACUGAACACCCACCACCUUACCCUGGGCCAGGCCCAGCAGGUCCAUAUCCAGCUUAUCCACAACAAUAUGGUCCCGAUCCUAAUGUUGCUUACCCUAGCUAUCCACCACCUCCAGGAGCACAGCCUGCAUAUCAAGGAUAUCCACAGUAUGGCUGGCAGAAUGCACCACCUCAACCAGGAAUGGUUUAUACAGAUGUCCCAAAAAAUACAGUUUACGUUGUAGAAGAUCGCAGAAGGAAUGAUACUGGAGAUACAUGUUUGACGGCAUGCUGGACUGCCCUCUGCUGUUGUUGCCUUUGGGAUAUGUUGACCUAAAAUUUCUCGACUACAUUGAAAACCCUACAUCAAGAUUCUCCCUCCUCUAGACCUUCAAAUCAAAGCUCGAAUAAUAACUUUGUUUUAAUCCCAAAAGGUGCCUGUUUGAAAUUUAUUUUUGGUUAUAUAAUGACAUUGGCUUAAUUAAGUAACUGAAUGGCAAGUUAUUGGUGUGAUGCAAUGUCCAUUGAUGGCCUCUCCAAUUAAAGAGCAAUUUAAUUUAUGCAGAUGUUUUUAAAUGUUAUUAAUUGCAAUUAAUUCAAUUUGAUACUGAAUAUUUGCAUUUUGAUUUCUGUUUAUGUAAGAUUAACAUUGAUUUCCUGUGAAACUAUUUACUAGGUAAGGAAUAACAUUGUACUGUUUUACUAUUCAUCAUCGGAACUAAUAUUCCACAUUAAAGACAGCUGUUCAAUCACAAAUUUUUGAAUAAAGUGAAUUUAUGCUUCAACACAA